AGUCUGAUAGAAGGAAUUCAAGAGAUUAGUAGAUUCACAGACAAUGCUGAAAAAGGGAGAGACCAUGCCGAACUCAGCUAAUCAGAAAACAACUUUGUGUGAAGUGGUUUUACCCAAUAAGAGCCGAAUCCAAAUAACUGUUGAGGUAAAGUGCAGGACACAAGAGAUGAUGAAACAACUUUCUGAACAACUUGGUAUUAAGAAUCUACAUAUUUUUGGCCUGAGUUUGCAAAAGGGUCCUGUAGGUUGGUGUUAAUGUGUGAGUGGGUACUUAAUGUAUAAGGACUACCUAUUCCUCGAUCCGGAGAAGAAACUAACUACAUAUUUUCCCAAAACACGGAAGCAGAACAUGGACAGGAUGGUUCUUCAUCUAAGAGCUCAGUACUAUGUAAGAGAUGGUCAGCAAAUUGUAGACGAGGAGGUCCGUAAUCUGUACUGUGCUGAUCUAAAAAACAGAGUCUUGAGCUCUCGGUGUUACGGGCAGGAAGGUCUGUACUUUCAACUGGCUGCGUAUGCCUUACAGGCAGAAUUGGGUGACUGGAAAGAGGAAACUUACUUCACUCCCCAGGACUAUUUUCCUCCUUGGAUUUUGAAAAAGCGUGGAUUUAACUAUGUGGUGCAGCACACUCCAGCCCUGCACAGAGAGCUGAAGGGAAUAUCUGCGCAUGAUGCUUCACUGCUCUUCAUCGAGGAAGCCUGUAGCCUGAGCGAUGUGCCUCUUACCUUCUACAGCAUAUGCAAGGGUAAAAAGGAAAAAAGAGCCAGUAUGCUACUGGGCCUGGCUUUAACAGGGCUGCACAUAUAUGACAUAGAGACAGCCAGUGGAGAAUAUCAGCUUUUAUAUGAGUUUGCCUGGUCAGGCAUAGAUCGUCUUAAAUUUCAGGGUCGAAGGUUUGAAAUAAGGGCAGACAGCCUGGCUGGGGAAAUACUGGUGAUGUAUACGCGGUCAGUGAUGCAAUCGCAGCACCUCCUAAAGCAUAUGAGCAACAAUCACCAUGUGAACCUACUCAACCAACACUCAUUUAAACAGCAGCAGAGAAAAGGGAGAAGGAAGCAAAGGGAGGUGUAUAUCAGGGACAAUAUUGAUCCAGAUUGGGAGGAGAGUGAUGAUGAGCUUCCGUCCAUAAUGACUUACCUGGACAAUACUCGGCAACACCAUGCUGACACCAUGGCAACUUUCUCAGUAGCAAAUGCUGGGGAUACAGCUUGGGGAUUUUCUAGAAAAGCACUAGGAGAAAUAGAGCUGUGUGUUGAUGAGCCAGAGGAGAUGUAUGUUGAUGACCCUGAAGAGAUCAUACAGUUGACUGAACGCCUGCAGGGUGUGUCUGUAGGUGGGCCUCCAUUAGUGAAUGUAUCUCAGUGGACAGAUUUUUCCAUGGAGAUGAAACAGGUUUUAAGAGCUAGGUGGAGAGCUUGCAGUCAUACUAAGGACCAGUGUGGGGAGAGUAUGGAGAAUCUUACUGUAACACACUAGGCAUAAACUCCUGAAGAACAUGUCAAUACCCUACUGAUAUAAGGACAGGACAUCAUAUUUUUAAUUAUCUCAGGUUUAUAAAUCUGCACAUGUUCCUUUCACACGAAUAGAUAAAUGCACAAUGAAAUGCAUGUACGUUAAGAGCACACACCCUCACAUUUCCUGUGUUUUGCCCCAUCACUCAUUCGCUUUCUCUCACCACAAAAUAUUCACGAAACCCUGCAGGAUCUGUUAUCAGUGGGCCAAAUUAGUCAAACAUGACUUUGGAGGUCAGCAUCUGAUAAUUAUAAAACGUAUUAAACUAAUUGUUUUAAAUUUCAUUAUUCGCUUUUCUAUUUCUUUUUAAACAUGCGCAGUAAUGCAUAGCAUGACAAAACCAGGAACUUCCUCUGGGUUCUCCAUUUUUACACAAAGACAAGUCAGUGGGUAGAUUCUAUUAUUGGUUCUACUUGUAACAUCUUACUCGCUGAGCUGUGUUUAAAACUGUAUAGCAAGAUUCUUGAUGUAUGCAUUAUAUAUAUAAUGUUGUAUUAUUAGUGCUUAACUAAAUAAAACAAAAAAGUACACUUAUGUCUUUGUUCUGUUAUGUUGAUUAGUAACCAAAGCUAAUAUGCUAUAUUGGCAUGGCAGAAAAAGUAUUUAUAGUGAAUAUAUUAGUAGUAUUUAAUGAAAGUUGUAUUUUAGAUUGUUGUAUUUUUCCCCAUUUUUAUAAAAGUCAUAGUUUAUAAUGGGUUAGGAGGUUUAGUCUCUCUACUUCACAUCCUUCCUAACAGCAUACGCUCAUCUGUGACAAAAUCACUGUAUCACAUGCCCUCUUGUGGCUUUACACUCUCUCUCUAAAAUCAUUGUUUUGCGAGUAUGUGUUUGUUGUUAUUCGGAAUGGAGGCCUGGGAAAUUUCCCCCAAAAAUGUGACAACUCCUCUCAAUAAAUGUUGUCUGAGAAAAUGUUUUUAUCUGGAAUAAACAUUUCCUGUGAAGAAUCUUUUUAAUGUAGGUGACACUGUUUAUUGUAAAGGUGAUGAUUCCUUUUUUUUUUCUCAGCAUGAUUACAUCAUUAACAGUAACUAAGGCUUCGAGCAAACAUGAAUCAGUUUCAUAAUUGUACAGUUCACUUGGGAUCAGAGUACUUUGAAAAUGAGGUUUAUUUCUUUCUUUUUAAUCUUUCAUUUGAUAUAAUCUUUGUGUAGUAACAAUGAAACACACACGCACACAACACACAUUUUUACUUUACUUAUUAUAUAUAGCCUAAAAAUAUAUACAAUUCAUUCACAAGAAAGUCAUACUGGUAGUGGUAUUUACAAACUGAGUGGGACAGUAGGUGGAGCAUUCUAGUAUGCAUUAAAUGAUGCAACGUGCAUCAGAAGGAACUUUUUCCUGUCAUGUGCUGGGUCUUCACCUUCAUACAUCUGAUACUUAGCCAUGAUGCAGAAAAUGUGCCUCAUGGUGCUGUGUAUCUUACUUUGUACAGGCAUCAUUCUCCAAUUAGGUAAGAAUUGCUUGCAUUAUGACACAAUGUACAGUAUUUAUCAAAAUGUGUUACAUAUUUGAGCAAGUAUGGUUUAGUUAUUAAUGCAUUAUUAAUACAUUGUUGACUCUCUGUCAGCAGUUAUAAGGGUAACAGCUCAUCUAUCCACAAAAUGAAACUUUCUUACAGUGAUCUCUGAUUCUGUAAAUGAUGAAAGAGUUAGAUCAAUUCCUAGACGUUUGUCUAUGGUACAGUCCACCUUCAGAUUGGCCAAUUUUAAAACUUAAUUUAAAAAAUGCUUCUAUGCAUGUUUAAAAAUAGAUAACUCAAAAACAACAACAAAAAUAGUCAUAAUAAUGGCAACACACUACAUUUAUAUAAUUUUUUAUUUAUCGUAAUGUAUGUUUUUAUUCACGUUUUAAAUGUUAAAUGUCUGUGUAUAUCUUUGUAUGUGGAGCUAUAUUGCAUUUAGAAAUUUUAAGAAGCUAUGUUUCAAAGUUUGUGGAAUUUUGCUUUGGUUUUCCAAUUGUUAUAUGCUUUGUUUGCUCUUUGAAAAAAAUAUGAAUCUUUUGCAUAAUUGCAAAGCCGUUAACACCCCCAAUGCCGUGAUAUUAAAUAGGAUUACACUGCUAAAAAAUGGACCAUGCCAUAUAUAUAUAUAUAUCCUGAGUACCUGUUCAUACAAAAUGAAAAUAUGAAUGCAGAUUAUUUUAGUUAAUUUAAGAGAAAGAUCAUGUUAGUUUCGGAAGACACUACAACCAGCACAUUAACACAUUUGAGCAUCUGAUUUCAGUCUUGACAUGAGCUCAGCCAGGUGUGAGUUGGUCUCAUCUUGGUGAUUUUGUAUCCAUAUAUUCAUGUAUUCAUAUUUAUUUAUUUAUUUAUUUAUACUUCUGUUAACAAAUCUUUUUAUUAUGUUAACAAAUUUUAUUUUGCUGCAUAUCCUCCACCCAACCACCAGAAAGCUGCAAGUACAAAGUGGCAAUUCUACAAAAGGAAAAUCUUUCCUGCUUUAGUAAAAUGAAGCAAGAAACACCAUGUGAUGAGAAACAUCCUAACUGCAGAACUGAAAGAUAUAAUGGAAUGACAUGCCUUAAAUGGUCUGAUGCUGAUCUCACCUGUGUGGAUAUUGAACUUAAUAAGGUCCCAAUUGAGAAUCAUACAUGUGCGCAAGAUCAAGAAAGUUUAGAUUGCACAAGAGAGUUCAUACGCAGUAGUGCUACCUCAACAGUAGUGAACAAGGCAUCAUCUGAGAACACAUACUCGGGAGGUGCCUUUACUCUACUGCUAGUGAUUUUUAUUGUUGUUUUUUGACUAAUGGAUAUUGUUUCAUCUUUGGCACAUGCCAACAACAUAAAGCACUCAUAGGUUAGUUUGACUAAGUACUACUUUUAUAAUUUUUAUAACUACUUUUAACUUUUACAGUACUCUAUUUUAAUGUUUUGUUUCUCUUGUUCCUUAAUUUGUUUUAUGCCAUGCAUUUUGCACUCAAAUUUCUACAAGUAAGUCAACUGCUGCUGUUUUGAAUGUUUUAUACAAAUAAAAUGACAUGACAUGA